UAAUUACAAAUUUACAAUUUCUGUAAACACUAUAUAAUUGUUGCCUUAUUUUAUCUGAUAGUUACUUUAUUAAUCUAAUAAAACGUUAAUUUAAUUGAAAAUUCAUAUUUUUAAAGUAAAAUAUUGUAAGUUAUUAAUUUUUUUAUUAUGUCAAUUUCAUCUUCACUCAUCAUUAUAACCAAUGAUUUUAUAUUAUAUAAAUGUAUAUUUUUUUAAAGUAUAGUAUAAUAAUGGAUAAUGCCCAAGGUAAAUGGCCAGAACACGUUGGCAUACUAGCCUUAGAGAUAGUAGUACCAUCUACAUAUGUGAACCAGAAUGACCUUGAGCUGCAUGAUGGUGUAUCCAAAGGCAAGUAUACAAUCGGUUUGGGUCAAGAACGUAUGGCAUUUUGUUCAGACCGCGAAGACGUUGUCUCAUUGUGUCUAACUGCAGUUAGUUUGCUGAUGCACCGUACAAAAACAAGUUACUCUAAUAUUGGACGACUUGAAGUGGGAACUGAAACACCAAUAGAUAAAUCUAAAAGUAUCAAGUCUAUGUUGAUGCGUUUAUUUGACAACUGUAACAACAAUGUCGAAGGUGUAGAUUCAACCAAUGCAUGUUAUGGGGGCACAGCUGCCCUUUUCAACUCAAUAGCAUGGUUAGAAUCCAGUGCUUGGGAUGGGCGAUUAGCUAUUGUUGUUGCUGCAGACGUUGCGACGUACGCUCGUGGUGGAGCAAGGCCGACAGGUGGUGCAGGUGCCGUGGCAAUGUUACUAGGACCUAAUGCACCCUUAGUGUUAGAUAGAGAACUGAGAGCUUCACACAUGAAUGACACAUACGACUUUUACAAAGGAGAUAUGAGCACAAAUUACCCAACAGUAGAUGGAAAAGUGUCAAUCCGAUGUUAUUUUGAGGCGCUUUACAAUUGCUAUUAUCUAUAUCGAAAGAGGUUUUUGAAGAAAUUCGCAGAUGACAAUGAUGAGACCAAUAAUCUGGGCCCUAAGAGUGUGUUGCAACACUUUGAUGCCAUCAUAUUUCAUUCGCCUUAUGGAAAACUCGUAAGGAAAGCGUUUACUUGGUUAACACUUCAUGACAUGCAGUUAGACGUUAAAUGUUAUGAAAAUGAAUCAAAUCUAUUGAAAUAUGUAAACACCGAUAUCAGUGUCAAUAUGUUAUCCGAUUUGAGUGUGAUAAAGGACACAGAACAACUGUUUAAAAAAUUCACUGCACCAACACAAAAAUUGCCCAAAAAUAUUGGAAACAUGUACACAGCAUCUAUAUUUAGUGGAUUGAUUUCAUACUUGCUUAGUAAACCUAUUAGUGAAAUGGCUGGGAAACGAAUAGCAAUGUUUUCAUUUGGUUCUGGUAUGUGUUCUUCAUUUUAUUCAAUGACUAUACGGCCAGGAGCAAAAUUAGAUACUCUUAUUGAUUUAUUGCAACAUGUUCCUGUGAUGUUAGAAAAUAGACAUUGUACAUCGACUGUUGAAUUUGAAAAUACACUAACAAACCGAGAGUUAGCUUACAACAAAGCACCUUUUGAACCUACUUCAAAUGUUGACAAUUUGUUUCCUGAUUCAUGGUACUUGACUCAUAUCGAUAGUACUUUUAAACGAUAUUAUGCACAAAAGAAAUAAUACACUAUGUUUAAAAGUACCAGUUAUUUUUAAUACGGU